GAUGCUUCUCUCUCUCUCUGUCUCUCUAGAAAAGUCAUGGGCCAGUUGUCAGGUUAGGGUUUUUGUACCCUUUGGAGGACAGAGUUUCAACGCAAAAUAAUCACUUGAAAUUCCUCCAGAUAAGGUGUGAACAAAACAGAACAGAACAGAACAGAACCAGGACAUGGUUUGUUGAUGGUUUGUGAGUAGAUUUUGAUACCAAACACAAGUAUUAGAGUUACAGAACUGUUGUUGAUUCCCGGGGAAGUUGGUGAAAAUGGAAGAGCAAGUAAUUUUUGGUUGUGGGUCUUAUGUGAAUUCGUCUAGGGAAGUGAAAUUCGAAGAAGAUGAAGAAGAUUUCCGGAGCUGUUGCGAAGAUGAAGACGAAUUGAAGGAGAGGGAAGAAACCGCAAAGGAAGGUUCAAAGAAUAAUCUUGAUGAUGUUUCGGUGAAUAUGUUCUUCAAGGGUGCAUCAAUAGCAGAGGCUGGAGGUUGUGGUGCUGGGGUCUCUGGGAUUGGUGUAGUUAUAGAAAGAUCAGCUAAUUUUCCUUCUAUUCAAGUGCAGAAAAAGCUUGAUUUUUUUGUGGAUGAGUCUGUGGCGGACUAUUUAGCUUUGAUGGAUGGUCUGUUGGAGGCUGCGCAAAAUAAGAUUAUGCGGGUAUUUGCUUUUACUGACUCGGAGAUUUUAUAUGAUCAGAUUAUUAAUGUGGAGAAACUUGAGAAUCCACUUCUUCUAGCAUUGAGGCAAAGGAUCCUAGAACAUGCCAAAGAUCUGGAUACAUUUAUUCUUAAAUUGGUACCCUAUACUGACCUAGAAAGGCCAUUACACUUGGCCCAAGUGGCAAUUGGGAUUGUCUCUUUUCCUGCUGCUGAGGGAGAUGAAUCAUAUGAAAACUGUUCCAUUUGUUCUGAGGAGAAGCCAGCAAAGAUGAUGAUCACAAUGAAAUGUUCCCACAAGUUUUGCUCCCAUUGUAUGAAAACCUAUGUCAAUGAGAAAGUACAGUCCGCUCAAGUCCCCAUUAGAUGUCCUCAGUUGAGGUGCAAAUAUUAUAUCUCUGCCACUGAAUGCAGAUCUUUUCUUCCUGUUGUCUCUUAUGAAAUGUUGGAGAGAGCACUUGCAGAUGCAAAUGUUCUCCACUCGGACAAAAUUUAUUGCCCCUUUCCAAAUUGUUCGGUUCUUUUUUAUCCUCAUGAAUGCUUAUCAGCAAGGGCAAGCUCAUCAAGUCAGUCAGAAAACAGUUGUGUGGAGUGCCCAGUUUGUCACAGAUUUAUCUGUGUUGAAUGUGGGGUCUCUUGGCAUUCUUUGUUGAGCUGUGAAGAGUAUCGAAACCUCCCUUUGGAGGAGAGGGAUGCUGGUGACAUUACACUCCAUCGUCUAGCACAAAAUAAAAGGUGGAGGCGCUGCCAACAGUGCUGGCGGAUGAUUGAGCUAACACAUGGUUGCUGCCACAUGACAUGCCGAUUUGCUUACCUGAUUUGCCUCUGCAGGUGUGGGCACGAGUUCUGUUACUCGUGUGGUGCCGGUUACAGGGAUGGUGAACAGACAUGUCAGUGUGCAUUCUGGGAUGAAGAGAACUCUGAGGACUCAGUCACUCACCCUACACAAGAAUCCGAACAGUGGGCAUGGGAUAGCUAUGAUUCAUUCCCUGUGAUUAUGGAUUCUUACUCAGAUCAAGAGAGAUCACAGCUGGCACUAAUCCAGAGUUUCCUUUCGGGGGGAUUCAGUUUGAGUGAUCAUCAGAUUCAUCACCCUCACCAAUCCCCGCCUCGCUGUACAGACUCUUAUGUCGAUACCAUGAAGGAUCUCCAUCAACUUCCUUGGCUCGAAAGGUUUGUCUCCGUUAUAAGUGAUAGCUACUAUGAGGAUUACAUUCAAUGAAGCAAAUAUAAUACUGAAUAUUCCAGAAAUUGGAAAUAAGCCUUUUAGCACCACCCAAAAAACAAAAAGCUUGGGAGGAGGUAGAAUCUCUAACUCUUUCACUCCAUUUUCAUUUUUAGAGACCGUGCUAAUAGGGACUGCUCAAUUUUUUUUUAUGUAGUUUUCAAUCUGUAAGACUUGUGCCCCUGAAUUUCCUUGCAUAAGAGUAAGGAAUUGUUGUAUGAUAGAAAAAGAGGAAAGGAGAAAAAUGAGAAACAUAUACGUGACAACUGAUUAAAAAUCAAUGAAAGAAGCAUGUUCAUCUCUC